AUGGAUGAACUGAUAGCAAACCUCGACAGUCCGACAGCAACAAGCCCCUCCCUACGAGAAUCAGGAGAAAAGCAUGUCUUCCCGACUAGGGAUCAAUAUGGCUGCCCUUUCCGGGCCACCUUGCUUGAUCAGUUUGCGUCAGCGAUGAUUGAACGGACAUUGGAAUGGGGUGAGAAGAAGGACAGAACUGAGGUAUGUAAGAGCCGUUACUCCUGCUUACAAGUGCAUCUGUUAUUGCAAAAACAGCAUCGUUCCGACUACUCUUCACUGUCCGAAACAUCCAGUCACUCCUUACCACGGAAUGUGCCAGAAAUCAAACGAUUCAACACUGUCGACAAUCUGUAA